AUGUCUUCCUCGUCAUCGCUCUCCCAGAUUCCUCGCAGCUACGCGACCGCCUCCGCUGGAAUGCAUCCUACGCACACAUUGCCUCUGAAACUGCAGGCCAUCGCAGACGCAGGGUUCAAAUACACAGAGAUAGCAUUCCCUGAUCUAGAGGCGCUUGCAUCAUUUACUUUCAACGGCGAGUACAAGCAGCUUGACGAGAAGGGCGAGGGAGAUGUGAGCAAAUUGGUGGACACGGCGAUUGAGGUGAAUAAGAUCUGCGGAAGCUUGGGUUUGAAGGUGCUCAGUGUCAUGCCUUUCCCGCAAUUUGAGGGCUACACUGACCCGAGAAAGAAGGAGAAUAGUUUGAACAGGGCCUGGACUAUGUUCAAGGUCCUACAUGGUCUCGGAUGUGACAUGCUCCAGGUCGGCUCGACCAACGACCCGUCGACAAGCGGAGAUUACGACGUCAUAGUUGAAGGCCUACGAGAGCUGGCGGACGAAGCAGCCAAACAAAACCCGCCGAUUAAGAUUGCGUAUGAAAUGUGGGCCUGGGGCGUCCAUGCGAAUUCAUGGGAACACACCUGGGACAUCUGCAAGCGUGUCGACAGGUCUAACUUCGGCCUUUGCCUCGACACCUUCCAAAUCUCCGCUAUCUACUAUGCCUCGAAACUCUCCAACAAUCUUUCUACUCCCUAUCCUCUCCCACCACUCCCUGCACCCUCCCUUGCCGACUCUCUCACCUCACUCGCGGACACACUCAAGCCCCACAUUGACAAGAUCUUCUAUCUGCAAAUCUCCGAUGCUGCAUUCCCCCCUGCAUCGUCCGCUUUCUCUAUGCCUCCGUCUACUGGUAUGCACGAGCUCAAUGCUGUCGAGAGAGCUGCAAAGGAGAAGGAUGUCCAUGUGCUUUAUGCAUGGUCUGAUUCGUGGAGGCCUUUGCCGUUCCAUAAGCAGGUGAGGCCAGAUGCUGAGGGGAUCAGGGAGGGAAUUUUGCCGGUCCUGGAUAUAUGUAGAGCAGUGUUGAGAACAGGAUGGAGGGGGCCUUGGAGUUAUGAGGUAUUCUAUGCAGACAGUCAAUCAAAAGAAGACCCGGACAUACCGAGAAGGUGGACAGAAGAUGCAAUGAAGGCUCAUGAGCUGAUCUUGGAAGCUCUGCAGAAUGAGGGAUUCUGA